AUGGCUUCUCAAACGAAGAAUGUCAAAAAACUCGCCAUGGCCUCACAGCCACAGGUCCUUUCCAUCGAGAAGCACGUUCUUCCCUUUUCAAAACCAUUCAAGGACUGGAGGCCCUCCCCGCUGCCAUCCAUACGCCUUCCCGCGCCGUCCGAGUCUUCUAAGCGCCAGUCGAUCGUGUUUGCGACCUUCAGCGGCGUCAGCACACGUUCGUGCGUUGUGGACUUUGAGCUAUCUCCCGAUGGACCUUUGGAUGCGAGUAUGAUACCCAAUGGCUACGCCGUCUUUGAGGUCAUUGGGGGUUCUCCGAAGAAGAAGCAGAGGUUCCAGGUCCACAAGCAGACAGUCUACAAUGCUUCAGCUCAUUGGGCAUGGAACUUUGACGAGUUCCCCAACCAGCGAAUUUGGCCCAUCAACGAACGACCUACACUCAUACGCGAUCUCAUGUCGAUUCUCCACGCUGGAUUCUUGCCGCGGGGUUCACGCAGAAGUUGCCAGGAUAUUCUCGCCCUGUGCUACCUUGCCCGGGUGUACUUGAUCAUGGGCAGUGUGAGAAGAGUCCUGGACGCUUUACUGCACGCCAGCACUGCCAUGACCAAUCAAGAGUUAUGGUACAUGGUGCUCGCGGCGCAACCGCUGUGCUGCGAUAACCAGAGGAUUGGUGAGCUUGCAUACAACAUCUUGGUCUGGCGGCAAGAGGGUUCAUUCUACCCUCUCCGCGAGUUUCAAUUCCUGGACGGUGGUCACAUGUUCCACUAUGAAGAGAGCGAAAUCAUAGCGAACAUGGACGAGCUUCGACAUUCACUCACCCUUCAGCUUUGUGAGGUGGCCGUUGUUGUCGACAAGAAGCUUUUGCGGAACAUGUUCCUAGGCUCAAACAAAGAUCGGCCUCUGUGGGACAAACUCACGUAUCUGCAGCACUUUGUGUAUCUGAAGUUCCCCAAACUUCCACUUGGAAGCGAAGAGUGGUCCUAUGAGGCUGUCCUCACCCAAGAGUCCCUCGAGAUGGCUGUCGUCAGGGAUGAUGAUCCUGGUCUAAGACUCCUUGCUCUGUGUUCAAAGGAUCUCUGGGCCUUGCUACGGGACAUUUGGCCUCACAUUGCCAAAAUUUCCAACGAAUACGUCCUCGGUGCAACGAGCUGCGUCAAGUUUCCCUUGCCUCGGGAGCUUCAUCUUGAUCACCACUGUCCUUGA